AGCACAUGCCAUGGUACCAAAUUUCCUGUGCAAAAACCCUCGGCAGUGCCAUGGAUAUUUUGGUACUGUAAGUGUUCCUACUGUAGUGAUAAAGUCUAAAUGCGGCGGUGGCAAUGUACUUCACGUACAGGAACAAAAUGAACGAAAAACAGAAGUUACUCGUGUACAAUUGGAAACACAGGAGGAGGCGUCAGUCCCCUACUGGUCAUUUCGACAAUUAUUUGACGAGUUUGUGCGUACAUGAGUGGACACGGUUGAAAGCAGAGAAGAGCCUAUUUUAACCAGAUUAAGAAAAGAACAGUUUAAUAGUGCGCUUUAUAUGACAGAGAAACACCCAACACGACACUGACAGGAGAAUGUGGGACAUGUUCUUGUGUAUUUAUUGCACAAAAUGCUGUACGAGGGAAUUAACUAGCUCCAGACGAUGGCGGUAAUUCAGCACCGAGGAUUCAAGCCACCGUUAAACCCGAAGAAGAAGUACGUCGUGCGUCUUACGUCCUACGUCAUUGAUCACACGGCGGGCUGUCAUGGCAGCCUCCAUAGAAAACAUGUCAGAGCAGCAUAAAACAUUUCACAUUAUAUUAGGCUGUAUAUUUCAUUUCAGCCGCGGAUAUGCUUAUGUGUGAAUCAUAUUAUGUGGUAGAAGGUUUUUGAAGCGGAGUGUCAAAUAAAGUAUAGAGAAUUUUUCCAAAAUUGAGCUUUUUCUGCAGGUGACAGUCAUGAUGUCUUUGGUAAACCUUCGUUCCUGUGGCCGUCGUGGUUUUCAUCUGGGUCUCCGUGCGCAUGCAGCCCGACCAGCUGGCACCCCAAGAAAGCAGCAAGAUGAUGCCCCUGUGUUCCAGUAUGUGGGGCAACACAGGAAGCCCCAAGGGAAGGUGUUUGUGUGGGGCUUCAGCUACACCGGAGCUUUGGGGAUCCCUAGCUUUGUAGUGCCGGACAGUGGCAGAAAAAAACCCAGGAAGUACCAGCUCACACCUUACCGCCUGGAUACUGAACAGAAGAUCUCCUCAGCAGCCUGUGGAUAUGGUUUCACCUUACUGGCAUCUAAUAGCAGAGAUCUGACCAAAUUGUGGGGCAUGGGCCUUAACAAAGACUCCCAGCUGGGCUUUCAACGUACUCAACACGACCGGCAUAAGAGUUUCGACUUUGUCCUGGAACCAUCUCCAGUGUCUCUUCCGCUGGUGAACCCCCAGGAGACACGAGUGCUGCAGGUCUCAUGUGGACGUGCUCACUCGCUAGUGCUCACAGACUCUGAGGGAGUUUUCAGCAUGGGUAAUAAUGCUUAUGGGCAGUGUGGGAGGAAGAUUGUGGAGGAUGAAGUGUACAGUGGCAGUCAUGUUGUUCACAAGAUUGAAGGCUUUGACAGUCAAGUCGCCCAGGUGGCUUGUGGGCAGGAUCACAGUCUGUUUCUGACAGACAGAGGCUCGGUGUAUGCCUGUGGGUGGGGUGCAGAUGGACAAACAGGUCUGGGCCAUCACAACAAGGCCUCGUGUCCAGUACUCGUCGGAGGGGAUCUGGCUGGGGUCAGAGUUCAGCAGGUGGCCACAUAUGGAGACUGUAGUCUGGCCGUGUCCACAGACGGCCAGGUUUUUGGUUGGGGAAACUCAGAGUACCUGCAGCUGGCUUCUGUCACCGAGGCCACGCAGAUUAGCUCUCCGCGGCUGCUGGCCCUGAGGGGUGUGGGUCGAGUCAGACAAGCGGCAUGCGGAGGAACACAGGUGGCUGUACUGAACGAGGAAGGAGAGGUAUUUGUUUGGGGCUUUGGAAUCCUGGGAAAAGGUCCGAAACUUUCUGAGUCUGCUAUCCCUGAAAGAGUGCCAGCCACGUUUUUUGGGAGGUCAGAGUUCAACCCUACAGUGAAGGUCUCAUCCAUCCGUUGUGGACUCAAUCACUUUGCAGCCGUUACAGAUCGAGGUGAGCUGUUUGUUUGGGGUAAGAAUGUGAGAGGAUGUCUUGGCAUUGGAAAACACGAUGACCAGUAUUUUCCAUGGAGGGUGACAGUGCCAGGCCAUGUGACGGAUGUUGUUUGUGGCGUUGACCACAUGGUGGCGCUGGUCCGAUCAAUCAUAUGAGACAGUCAAGGCAAAUUCUUUACCAUUCUAUCAGGCACUUCAGCGAACACCAUCAGAACGCCACAUUUCAUUAUAUCUCCAGAGCCUUUGGACUUGUUACAGGCCCUCUAAGGAGUCUUCCGUGUCACACUGCAUCAAGCCAAGGCUGUACUUAAGGUAACAAGGAAGUGCGACACCUCCUCUGCUGUUGACAGUGUUGACCUCAAAAAUAGUCAAGUCUAACUGCUAAAUAACUCUAGGAGGUCUUAUGAAUAUUAUGUUGGCUACUUGGACCUUUUAGAAGAUUGGAAGCGAUACAUGGUAAUCACCUAAGGGUGGACACGGUGCGUUCAAAGAGACAUUUAUAUGUGCUGUUUUUCUUGUUUAGUCACACUGUGUAGUCUUUCAGAUCCAUUUUUUUGCUUAUUGACAAUUCAAAGUAUAUAAAAUGCACCUGUCUUUACUUUGCUGGUGCAGAAGUUUUUGGCAAAGCACUAUUGUAGCGAAUUGUCUUCCCGUGCAUUUGUGAUUACUGAACUAUAUGUGACCUUGGACCACAAAACCAGCAAUACAGUGUAUGGAUCAAAAACCAGGGUAUUAAGCAAAGAUCAUGUUCCACAAGGAUAUUUUGUAAAUUCUCUACCUUUUUUUAUGCAGAUUCCAGUUUUUCCAUUGCUGUACAAUAGUAAUACACCAUACAUCAAUGGAAAGCUUGAGACUUGAUAUUUAUACAAAUUAAGAAGUUUACCCUUAUGAUUGGUUUUGUGGUCUAGGGUCACACAUAAAAAAAAUUAUAUACACACACAGUAAAAAAAGAACAUUGACUGGCUUAUAAGGGAUCAUUUUGAAAGUAUGUUUUUGGAGGCCUUAAAUGAAGGCAUGCGAAAACACACUUGGUUAAGUCACUUCAGGGACAGAAAAUGCAUUUUGAAGUUAUACUGAACAUCUUGUAUCCUUCAGAAUCAAGUACAUGCUUUAUUUGUACCAAACUGUAUUGAUAGAUCACAUACGAUUAUAGUACCAAUUAUAAAGCAGUAUACAUUCUGAGGGAAAAGGGAAUCGUUGAAAGUCACCCUCUUUAAUGUGCAAAUAUAAAGGGACAGUUUGACCACAAAGUAGGUCAAAGCAAGAAAAAAGAAAAGAAAAACAAAAUCAAUCAAGUCAUGACCUUUUCUGGUGUCUAAGCUGGUUUAAUCAACAAUUUCUCCAAAUCAACCAUUUGUAUGGGUAGUUAGAAGUAGUAGCUUCAGCAAAUCUCAUCCCACAGAAAUCAUGUAAAUCACAGAUAUGACUAAAUAUCUUCAUAACAAAUCCUCAAUUGGCACAUGGUCUAGCAGUCGCAUGGUGUAAACCCCCACUGUACGCUUAAGAAAACAUGGUUCAAACAGUGGA